AUGGCCCGCAGCUUCAAGGCCCGCCAGAGCGGUGGCACCAACCCCCAGACACCUCCCAACUGGACCGACAUGGUCCCCCACAAGUACUGCGGCGCCAUGGAUCUCGGCCGCGUCGGCAAGGACAACAAGGCACAAAAGUGCGCGGCGUGCUUGACCGUCAAGGCACACCUGGACGGCGCGAACGAUCGCGCAACAAAGCGCCGGCGAGAAGAGAAGAUGUCGUACGCGAUGGGCUUUGACUAA